CGCUCACAAUGGGGACCUCACUGGAAAAGACCCGCAAGAGAAUUGCCAAGAAGAAGGGGCCCAUUGAUGCCAUCCAUCAGUUGUCCCGCGAUUCCAAGAGACUCGGUAGAGCGCAGGCCAGAGAUGAAAAGCUGGACAAGGUGGCAUCCGCCAAAAAGAAGAUGAACAAGCCCUGGAUGGAGCGUGCAUCCUAUUUCCAGGAAGCCGUCAAGCAAAACGAUGGGAAGCCGCUGGACAUGGCUGUUAUUCAAGACCUUAUCAAGGGCUUCGUGCACCAAUACGACGAAGAGCUCAGUGAGAUCAAGAAGACUCGCAGACCUGGCCGUCCUGCAAGCACCAAAGAAGACUUGCUCAAGGUCAAGAUCAGCACUCUGGAAAAAGAGUAUCAGUGCGGUUUCUUGACUCCAGAACUCACCACAGAAGAGGAUGCGCAGCGCUUCGAGAAAUGGGAAGGCUCUUGGACAUAUCUGACAGGCUUGAAAUGGGUCAGAAUCUCGACCGACGGCAAGGUUUCGCAAUCCAGCUUCCCCCCGAGAGGCAACUGAGCCACUCCUCAGCCGCAGGUUCACGACGCCCCGGGUUUCGACAUCUUCGGCUGAUCUUUCUGUUUUAAUCACGAUUUUCCGGGGCAUUGCGUGCGGCGUUUUGGAGUUGCUGAUACACAAGCAGUGUGCCAUGCCCGUUUCUCGCAACUGAUUCGCGACAGCGGUUACCUACAGAUAUAACAUGCAGCAACUAGGCCGUUGGGGUUUCCACCAACGACAGCCCCUCUUCAUGCU